CAAAUUUACAAAAAAGAAAAAAGAAAAAAAGAAAAAGAAAAAAGAAAAAAGAAAACAGAAGAGGAAGAAGGAGAAAGGAAGAAAACCAAACGAAACCCAGGUGUUCCUAGUUCCUAUAACCCUGCAAACGACACUAUCGUAUACAGAGAGAGAGUAGUUUUGGUCUACAAUUUCACCGUUUGAUUGCCAUUAUUGGAAGAGGAAGAUGAUAGUAAUAGUGGGUCCCAUUUGAAUCUUUACAAUCAGAGAUGUCGAAGCUAUUUGCGAGGAUUGCUGGGUACUUCAGCAGCCGGACUCUGGCGGGGGUGGACAAAACAGGAAACCGGUACUUCACCAGAAAGGAAGAGAUUGAUGGUGUCAUGAAAGAGAAAAGGUGGGUGGUAUUCAGAGGAGAACAGGAUCCAACUUCCAUUCCAGUUGAAUGGAUAUGUUGGCUGAAUGGGCAGCGCAAAAGAUCUCCAACCCCUGAGGAAAUGAUGGAGCUGGAAGCUAGGCGUGAACAAAUUCGGCAGAAUGUUGCUCUUCUCAAGAAAGAAGAGGAAGAAAGGAGAGCCAAAGAAGGGAAUGCACGCAAAACCAGCAGCACCGGUAAAGUUGGAGGUCCAGACUUGAAUAGUUUCAUUCGGCAAUUUCCAGCCGCAUCAGAAGGUGACAAAGUUGAGGAAGCACCUGCUGCAAUGGAUGGCAUGAGGAAUUCCAAAGAGAAAGCGGCAGAGAAAGCAAAACCAGACAAAGAGUAUUCAGAGCCAACAGGAUCUGGCCAGACGUUUAGGCCAGGGACAUGGCAACCCCCAACAUGAAUUAUGAUCUCACUUUAAGGGGCUCACCAACACUAAUCUGCAUGGUCUAAGCCAUACCCCUGGUUUCCUUUUCCCAACUUCGAUGACCUUAUUCAACUCACUCCACUGAUAAAACUCGGCAUUGAUUCAUGGAUGGAGCCGAGGGCUGAGCCACGUAUAAAUGUGAGAGGGCCUUCAGCCUCCCAAUUUUUUUGAAAACCCCUUAAAGUAUGCAUUUAGUUUAGUUUUCUUUUGGUUUUGCCCCCGACGUGAAAAUAGCUUCUUUUAGAUUUGCCUUCCAGCGUGUUUUGAAUGCUAUGUGCUUAUAGCCUUAUAGGUUUGCCCCCAUAGCACACAUCCUGGUUCCGCCCUUGGAUGGAGCUAAUGUUGUAGAACACUGCACAAUACCAUUCUUAACCUCUUAUCAGUGUUCUCUGGACUUUUGGGGGCUCUUUUUUUCUUUUCUUUUGCAUAUGAAUUCUGGUCCAAUUUUCCCACCAAUAUACAAAUGAGUACUUUUUUUCCCACUGAAAUUAUAGUUUACUGAGAUUAAUUUUAUUGAUAAGUUUACACACA